UUCUUGUUUGAAGGAUUCACACCAGACUAUAGUCGGGGAAAUCUACCUGUUCAUCUUGAUGGAGCUGCCAACACGACCGACACUUUUUGAUUUUCAUGGUGUCUCCAUGACCAAAUACUUCACUGACAACUGGGAAAACAUACAGAACUUUGAGGCGAGACCAGAUGAUAUUCUUAUAGUCAGUUACCCUAAGUCAGGUACCACAUGGGUUUGUUACAUGCUGGAUCUUCUGUAUUUUGGCAACAUGGGUCCAGAACAUCGGACUUCCAUUCCUCUGCAUGAAAGAGUGCCCUUCUUGGAGAUUUGUGCUCCGCCUCGACCCAAAGGUAAAGACCUGGCAGAUCAGCUCACCACUUCUCCUCGUCUCAUCAAAACCCAUCUACCGGUCCAGUUUGUGCCAAAGUCUUUCUGGGAGCAAAACUGCAGAGUUGUCUAUGUAGCUCGUAAUCCAAAAGACAAUGUUGUUUCUUACUACCACUUUGGCCACAUGAAUGGUCAGCAUCCAGAACCUGGAGACUGGAACACCUUCCUGCAGAAAUUUAUGGAGGAAAAGAUGGUGUUCGGAUCAUGGUACAAACAUGUAAACGGCUGGUGGGAGAAGAAGCAGGCUUAUUCCAAACUUCACUACAUGUUUUAUGAAGAUUUGUCUGAGAACACUGGACGAGAAAUAGACCAACUCUGCUCCUUCCUGGGAUUAUCUCCCUCAGCUGAAGAAAAGGAAAAAGUCAGAGCUACAGUGAUGUUUGACAACAUGAAACAAGACAAAAUGGUCAACUUCUCCACGAUCCAAGAAAUGAACCAGGAUGUGUUUCCUUUUAUGAGAAAAGGACAAGUGGCUGACUGGAAGAACCAUUUCACUGUGGCCCAGAACAAACGUUUUGAUGAAGACUACAAGCAGAAAAUGAAGAAUUCUACUCUGCGCUUUCGUACUGAACUUUAGAAGUUUAGCGUCAAAUACUGGAAUCCAGAA